AUGGCAGCCAUGCAUGGAGACAGCCCAAGCAACUCGCAAGCAGCUCAGGCCGGCACAAGCAGCUCAAAGGCCUUGAAGGUUCUCUCUAACAACAUACAAGCAGCUUAUAAGCUGCUCAACCAGGCUUGCAAGUGGGACCUCAAAAGGGACUCAAAAGCUAAUAUUAUGGCAGAAAGGCCUGGAAAAACUUUGGCUUUUAACCUUGGUAGGCCCAAGAUGCCAAGUCUCAAAUUCGAGUCCUUGGUGAAGUACUUGGAACUAGCACCCAACCAACCGGAUGCUCUAUCUGUUUUGCGCAUUUGGUUGUGUGAGGAGAAACAACUUGUUAGUGCAUUUGACGGUUUCAAAGUCUUAGGGCUUCCUUACAAACAAGGUGAAGAUAAACGCGGAUUUUCUAUGUACUUCUUUCUUCCGAAUGCCAAAGAUGGUCUUUCCGCUUUAAUGGAGAAAGUGAGUUCCGAAUCCGGGUUCUUGGACCGCCACUUGCCGUAUCGAAGAGUAACAGUGGGUGAAUUCGGGAUCCCAAAAUUUAAAUUCUCUUUUGGCUUUCAAGUUUCUACAGUUCUGAAGGGAUUAGGAUUGGUUUUGCCAUUUUCCAGUGGUGAAGGGCUGAUAGAGAUGGUGGACUCCCCUUCUGUUGGUCGAAAACUAUACAUUUCGAGCAUUUUUCACAAAGCUUGCAUUGAAGUUAAUGAAGAAGGCACAGAAGCGGCUGCCGCUUCCGCUUGUGUCAUGAUCACGAGUUCUGUAAGGCCACAGGUGGUAGAUUUUGUAGCCGACCACCCUUUCUUGUUCGUCAUCAGAGAAGACAUGACUAGUGUCACGGAGCUGAAUUUCGCCUACAGAUUCUGCCCGUGA